AUGGCUCCAAAAUACAUGUUUCUCUUUGUGUCAACCCUGACAUUACUGGCAGUGACUGCCAACGCCUCGAGGAACAUUGCCCCCAUGAAUCCGGGAUACAGUCUGGCUGCGAGCAGCAAAACUGGUGAAGGAAGCGAGGAUUGCUGGAGUGCUCUAUUUGAUCUUAAAUCAUGUUCAAACGAGAUUGUUCUGUUCUUGCUGAAUGGACAAACUGACAUCGGUCCUGACUGUUGCCGAGCCAUCGAUAUGAUCACGCAUAACUGCUGGCCCGCCAUGCUCACUUAUAUCGGAUACAGCGCCGAGGAAGGCAACAUUCUACGGGGAUACUGCGACGCAGCCGUGGCCCUCGCUCCGUCUCUGCCUCCUGCUGCUUCUAUAACACUCUCUGGGACCAAAGAAUAUGCCCUAUCUCCUGGUUUAGAUAACAUCAUGGACUAG